AUGUCAAACGGACACUCUACGGGAGCUGGCCUGGUCAACCUGGAGACGGAAUUAACUUGCUCAAUAUGUACCGAUAUUCUCUACCAGCCGCUGACCCUACUCGACUGCCUCCAUACCUUUUGUGGCUCCUGUUUGAAAGAGUGGGUCUCAUGGCAAGAAUCGCAUCCACCUAGCUCCAGCAGGAAUAUCAAAUUUACCUGCCCGUCUUGUCGAGCCGUUAUCCGCGACACAAGACACGAUGCUAAGGUUACUACGCUACUUGACCUAUUCCUGCAGUCGAACCCACAUAGAGCGAGGGGUGCUGGAGAGAGAAAGGAGUUGGAACGGAAAUACAAACCUGGUGAUACUAUCUUACCAGCACGGCCCGCUAUUUCCUCGCGAGUGUCUGACUCAGAAGAGGAAGAAGAUCUCAGAUUGCUGGCGGAGGUAAGAGAAAUGAGCCUUGGAGAUGUAGAUCAACGACGUGCCCGUGUGAGCUCUAGUUCUCGAACUUCGCAACCUCGUUCCCGAGAUCAAAUUUCAGGGACUCGAGGGUUAGACCGCCAGGAAGAAGCUCAAAGGCGACGACGAAAUGCGCGGCGGGCUGCGAGUCAACAGCGAACUUCUCCCGAUCCAGCCACGAGUACGAGGAGGAUUGAACACCAGGCAAGCUUGAGGUCAUUGCUAAGUACUUCAGACGGGGAUUCUGCAAUGGAGGAAGAAAUUCUCAGACAGAUCAUCGACGAAGGGCUUUUGGAUGGAAUAGAUCUGCAAAGCUUGGAUCCGGCGCAGGAAGAUGAACUCAGCGAACGCAUUGCCGAAGCAUAUCGAAGGAGGCAUCUUCGCCAACCUAUUCCUCGCCACAAUGUGCGCGGUGACGGGGACAAUCGUUCUCGGGAUCCUAGAAGCCGUCAAUCCAGGUCAAAUAGCGUUGACGUACGCCCUCCCGUCACUCGAUCACAUUUACUUGAAGCACCAUCACAGAGAACCGAUUCCUCAAACCGCCAACAAAGGAGCUCCUCUGAUCAGGGUGUGAGGCGCCGGGCAACGUCACCAACCCAUAGAACGGCUGCGUCUUCAUCGGACGCACUCAUUCAGCCGGCAGUGAGGUCGUCUAGUGAUUUAUCUGGUCAACGACGCCCUUCCCAGAAUAAUUCCACCUCAGAAUCGUUCCGCCACCGCACGGCAUCAUCCCUCUCGUCCUCUAGACGGAGCGGUGAAUCCGAACGCAGGGUUCGUCAGAGUGGGGUACGAAGUGCUGAUCGACAGCAGAUAUUUGGCUCCCCAAAUUCAACUUCGUCUGCUACAACCCCAAGUACUCAAGCAACAUCAUCCAGCCAGCUCAGCCCCGCGUCUCAACCUGCUGCAACCCCUCAAUUGGGUGGGCGUAAUCAUCCCACUGACCAACGAGACACCGUUGUUCUCCCAUCCUCCAGACCGUCAUCAUCACGAAGCGAAACAGCCGUUCGUACGGGCGAGUCACUUAUUCCAGAGCCGUCUAUAUCAUGCAGGCGAUGCAAUCAACGAGACAUUCAAUACGAUGUCUACAAGACCUGUAAUCGAUGUAAUGAUGGCAAUUACAAUCUGUGUUUACCUUGCCAUCGAAUGGGCCGCGGAUGCCUUCACUGGUUUGGAUUUGGACAUAGUGCUCAGGCCCGAUUUGAGAAGAAAUAUCCAGCAGGAAGUUCAGACGUCCCGGAACCGCCGCAUGUCUUACAAUCACGGAAAUACCUGCGUCCAUCGGUUGAGGCAACACAGAACCGGCCGAAUAGCUCCAGAAGACGAACAAAGGACGAUCCUGCAAAACGAUUGCAAAGAGGCAUGUUUUGUGAUAUGUGCCAAUCAUUUUCAGAUGACUGCUUUUGGACAUGCAGCGAAUGCAACGGCGGAGAAUGGGGUUUUUGCAAUAGUUGUGUCAACCAAGGCAAAUGCUGCACACAUGCUCUCCUACCAAUCGGUCGAGUGCUGCAAGGUGAUAUUGUCCCUGAUCAUCCAGCAAGUUCGUCUCCCGUAGUGACAUCCGAUUAUGUAUCAGCAAAUACCAUCAAGGUUGGUAGUGACUCCUACAGGCCACUUACCUUCUCCACAAAAUGCAAUAACUGCACGUAUCCAAUUCCACCAUCGACAAGCCGGUUCCACUGUCCAACAUGCAACGAUGGGGACUACGAUCUUUGCACAAACUGCUAUUUGAAACUCGGGGCGAACGGCAAAAUCAGUAAAGGCAAUGGACGAAACGGCUGGAGAAGGUGUCUACAGGGCCACCGAAUGAUAAUCGUCGGCUUUGAGGACCACCCAGACGGCCAGAGACGAGCUAUAGUCAAGGAUGUCGUGGGAGGCCAUGCUUUGAAAGACGAUGUAGCUGUAGCUGAAACUGCGGCGGCGGCGGCAACCCCCACAACAAGCGAAAACGCAAGCACGACUCCCAAUUCUAACGGCCCCGUCGCGGUCCCCGUUCGCCGAGAUUCCGGAGACUGGACGUGGAAAGAGGAAAGCUCAGGCACCACCAGCAUCACCCACCGUCGACGAUUUCCGCGCACAAGAACAGCCUGGUCGAACUCAUCACCAACCUCGCCGGCCGACCCAUCCGCGAAUACUCCCUUUUCUUCCCAUUUCCCGCCAUCAGGCGGUGUUGGGCUGCGUCUCUUGGCUCGUUGGUCGUAUUACCCGGAACCCGACGUGACGGAUGAAAUUAUGUUCCCAUUCGGUGCGGAGAUUACGGAGGCGGACAACAUCAAUGAUGACUGGAUGUGGGGAUGCUAUGCGGGGCAAAAAGGUCUGUUUCCCGGGUCAUAUGUGGUGGUUAUAGGGGAAAAAGAUAUUCAGAACAUUAGAGGAACAUGA